UGUUCUACUUCCAUCAUCCCCAGCAAUGGCGGUACACAACACGACGAUGCUUUUCCUGGGCCUCCUCUUGGCCGGAGCCAUCGCGGUGGCCGCCCAGAAUUGCGGCUGCUCUGCCGACCUCUGCUGCAGCAAGUACGGCUACUGCGGCACCGGCGACGACUACUGCGGCGACGGGUGCCGGUCGGGACCGUGCUACUCCUCCUCCACCCCCUCCAACGACGUCUCGGUGGCCGACAUCGUGACGCAGAGCUUCUUCGACGGGAUCAUCGGCCAGGCCGACGGCGGGUGCGCCGGCAAGAGCUUCUACACCCGCGACGCCUUCCUGACCGCAGCCGGCUCCUACCCGACCUUCGGCCACACCGGAACCGCCGACGACUCCAAGCGCGAGAUCGCCGCCUUCUUCGCCCACGCCACGCACGAGACCGGACACUUCUGCUACAUAGAGGAGAUCGACGGCGCUUCGAAGAACUACUGCGACGAGAAACGCACGGAAUGGCCGUGCGUUGCGGGGAAGGGCUACUACGGCCGCGGACCGCUCCAGCUCUCGUGGAACUACAACUACGGG